CCUGGUACAGCUUCAUCUCAAGAGCCUCUCUCUGUCUCUCUCUCUUAGCCGUGUGAACAAAAAUGAAAUACUACUUGGGGGUAGACUUUCUAACACAGAACAUGUUUAAUGCUCGCCUUUUGUAGGUUCUGGGUCUGCCCAAGCUGACUUAGUGGCUGUUGAAUGGAAUCACAGCUUCCAAAAGUUAUGCAGUGCUGAGAUGCUUCUGACUGAGAUGUUCAGGGUUGUUGGUGAUGCCUAUCAAGUGCAAGUUUCUGCAGAUGCCCACCUGGCUGCCGGUCAUCCAAUUACUGAUCUUGAUACAUUUAUCUAUUUGGCAACUCCAGUCAUUGGUCAUGUACCUUGCAUGAAGGGCAGCAAUUGUUCAAAGGACCAAUUAGUUAAUGACUCCAUUUGUCAGCAAAAUUUGUCUAAUAUUUCCUUGAGGAGCAUAUGGGAAUGGUAUGAAGAGCCAGGGUGCUAUGGGUUGGAAGUGAGAGCUUGUAAUGAUCUCAGUCCAGAGACAUCAUUCUGCAACAGUUCAGAGUUCUGUGCAUACUUUGUACCUUACUUAUCUGCUGUUCAGUUGUUUGGGUGGUCUAGGAAAAGUAUGAAUCACAGUUUCGGCAUUGGUGGGGGUGAGACAUCAAAUACUGGAAGCUCUCUGUGUUCUCACCCUGUAUCUGCAAGGUUGCUCCGACCAUUUGAGCAAAGUAUGCGCUUGUCAGAAUCAUUUUCCUCUAUACAAGAUCAUGGAGAAGUCAUUUUUGAGUACUUUGAAACAGAGCAGCCUUCUUUUCGGCCUCCAUUAUUUGAAAAGAUCAAGGAGCUUGUUAGCAGUGUAAAUGUAUCUGGCCAUCAAAUAUUUGGGGAUCCUGAAAAGCUGCAAAAUGUGAAAUUAUGUGAUCUUCACCCGGCUUCAUGGUUCAGUGUUGCCUGGUAUCCUGUUUACCGUGUACCUCAUGGGAAAUUGCGUGCAGCAUUUUUGACCUACCAUUCACUGGGUAAACUGGUUCCACAGAAAGGCUCCCCAGAUUUGACUGGUCUAGGUAGCCGUAUUGUUUCUCCAGUUUUUGGGCUGCAGAGUUACAGUGACAAGGGAGAGCAGUGGUUUCAGCUGAGGCGUCCAGAUUCGAAGCAACUGCAAAUAGAUGGUGAGUCAUCAAAGGGCAGCCGUGCUGAAGUUCUGAAAGAGAGGCUGAGGACACUGCAGCGAGGUGCACUGGCCGCAGCAAGGGCUGUGGUUCCCAAGGGAGGUGGGGAAUCCGUGAACUGCCACCCAGACUAUGAGUUCUUCCUGUCUCGAUGUACUUAAGGCACAGGCAUUCCAAAGAAAGUGCGAUCCACUCCCCAGAAAAGAAAAAAGAAGAGAGGGGAUUGUUGGUAGGAUAAUUCACUAACCAGAGGCCGGCUAUAGUAUUAUUAGCUUAUAAUUCACUAACAUGUAGAAGAAGUGAAGAGAGAGAGAGAGGGGCGGGCACAAGCACAAUGGCCUCCCUUGUAUAGAAAGACAGACAGACUAGUAACCCGACAUAACAUAACCUAACCCUGAUACCAGUGCAAACCGUUACCAGAGUUUUAGGCUUGGUAGAUUGGCAGUGUCCAAGAUGUUUUUUUUUUUUUGGGGGGGGGGGGUAUGGCAAGGGAUUUUGUGUUUUUGGUUUUUCUGGAGGGUGCAGAAGGAAAAGGAGGAAAGUUGGGGUUGUGUAGCUACAAGCUAGUGUACAUUUGGGGGCUUUGAUGAAAAGAAUGCAUACAGAGAUACUGAAGCUGGCGUACCUUAUUGGUUUGUAUUGCGUUGUUUUGCACUUUUGUUUGUUGUGUAUGAGAAUCAUACAGAAGCUGGGUGCAAUGCAAAUGAUGUGAAGAAGAAGCAAAGCCACUGUAUACUAGUAGUAGCUGCUUUCAGUUGAGCCUCAGCCUCC